CCUGGCGUAACAGGCUUCGCAAUGCUUAGCCAGUUUCGACAAUCUACGCCUGACUUACCCGUGUGAAAAAGACUGGUCUAAAUCGGUGGCGAGCACGCCAAGGCUGAGAGAUUCUCGCCCGCAGGACUAGCCUGGCAUGCUGUGGGUGCGGGAAACGGACCACACUGGAAACUUACUGCGCACACACUUGCGUACGUUACCGGUGCAGGGUUCUGAUGCAGAGGUUCCCGCUGCGCCACGCAUCCAGGUCAAGAAGGCCUUCCACGUGGACCAGUUCGGUCCUCGCGGGCCUCUGCUGCUGUGCGCGCCGCCCGCCGCCAGCGAGGCCGCGGAGCAAGCGAAGGAGGGCGCCAGCGAAGCCGCGCCGCCAGCGCCGCAGGUGGCCUCGCGCACACAGAGCACGCCCAAGGUGGUCGGCUGGUGCACCGUGGAGGGCUGCUCCGAGGCCGCCGUUUCGUGGAAGAGCCACGUGCUGCACUACCAGAGGUGCCACCUCGACCCGUCCGACGACCGCUCCGUCUGCUCGCUGUGCCUGUCGCGGGUCUCCAGCUACGAAGACCACAGUGUGCUGCACAGGAUCAAUGACGUGCGCUGCACCGCCUGCGAGGCGCGCUUCGUGUACCAGGAGGCCCUGCGGAAGCACUGGAUCCAGUUCCACCGCCGCAACCCGCCCGAGACUCCGGCCGCCAGCCAGGCCGCCUCCACGCCUCUAUCCAGGGCAGUGCCGGCCCUGUCCGCGGCUUCGACGUCCAGCACCGCAGCCACUGCCUCCCACGCCCCGUCGGCCCCACCGUCGUCAAGCCGCUCCGCGUCCAAAGAUAGGGGCCCGGCUCGCACGGUGGAAGUCGGGUGGUGCUCCGUCAAGAACUGCGGGCAAGCCUUCACUUCCUGGAAGGACUACGUCAAUCAUCACAUGAGUUCUCACAUCAAGGCGGCGCAGAGGGGUGUCACGUGCGUCACGUGCCUGGACGUCUACCCGACCGGCGGACUGGCUGAUCACCUGGAGGCGCACAGCCGCGGGGAGGAGCAGUGCUCGCUGUGCACCGCCCGCUUCAUUGGCGCCGCCAGCCUGAUGCGCCACAAGAGGGACUUCCACCACGUCACGAGGGACGGCAAUCUGCCGGCCUUCGUCCCCGCCUCGGUUCACGCCUUGGCCCCAGACUCCACCCCGGCCACUCAGGGUUGCAGCUUAGGCAACUUUGGAGGGUUGAUUGGCCGGUGCACCGCCAAGGGUUGCCAAUCGAUGUUCCGCAGCUGGGAGGACUUCGUCGCCCACUUCAAAGCGACCCACUGCAGGAAAGGUUCCGGAAACUGUCAAGUGUGCCAUCUGUGUUUGACCCGUCUAUCCACUGCCGAUGACGCCUCGCGCCACAUGGCGAAGCACUCCAAAGGCAAGGGGCAGGGACAUCCCUGCAAGAAGUGCUCAGCGCGGUUUUUUAAGACCAAGAGACUCAAUAAUCACAUCAGCACGUUUCAUAGUAUUUGUUGAGCUGAGAGGCUAUCGCUGUUGUUGUAUGUAACAUUUUGAGUCAACAGAGUUUCAAUUUCAGUUCGUUACUAUAAUUAUGUCUCACAAGAAUAUGUGUGGAGGAUUUUUUUUUUGACAUGAAAAUGUAGCAGGCGUUCUGCUUUUGUACGGGGAGGUCUUAAGCCCCUUGUGUCUUAGACUGCUAAAUUUACGUGAGUUGCUCUUGCUGUGGUAAUUGCGAUUUCUAGGAGUUUUUUUUUCAAUUGGUUAUGGUCAGCGUUCAAUAAAUAAAGUUGUAUUGGUCAAUCGUC